UACCUCGAGCACCAUUUGUGCCCCUGGACAUUCAGCAUAGGUUCCCUGGUGCUGGGCUAGAAUUCUCUGAGAAUGAUCCUUCUUCCUCCCUCCCUCCCCACCCACUUUAAUUUUCAAUCCGAUUCCUAGCCCGGAGCCGCCCUAUGGUGAUUCUGAGCACUAUCUGUUGAUUCUGCAUCUACAGGAAGCUAAGCCUGGGAGUAUUGAAAGAGGGUUCAUUUUUGUGGGGGCUGGGGGUGGGCAGGGGGACAUGCCCAUGCUAACGGCCACUAGGUACCCCCUCCCUUAGCUGGCAUGGUUCUCCCUUAGGUCUCCUGUGAGACCAGAUUAUAACACCCAUUUUACAGCCAAAGAAACCAAGGCUUAGAGCGCUUAACCUCCUGCAGGUCAUAUAACCGGUAAGUAAAUAGAUGGGAUCCAAACCCAGCCCAAAAGCCCAUGCCCACGUGUCCAUUCUGUACUUGCCAACACCAAUGCCGUGAAAGUAGCGACACUGAUAGUGACUGUGUGAAUCAUGAGCCUAGAUUAUGAGUUAUUCCAGGUCACCAUGGAAGCUGAGGGUUUAUUCCUCCCUCCAUGCUGAAAACCUGGUGUGGCCAGUACCCAGAAACUGUUGUCACCGCACAGUGUGAACCCAGUGGCUUGGGGCUGGGGCCAGAUGCAGUGAAAGAGGCCUCUUUUCCGCCAAAGACCAUCUUUUGGACCACCCAGCUCCAAGGAGCAUCACUGAUCGUGGGCCCAGGAGGGAAGUCCUCCGGGCGCCCUGAGGGUGCCUGGGCAUCAGCCGUGCCGCUCCGAGGGACCAUCUCCAGUGGGAGGGGUUGGAGUUCUCCCCCGAUGCUCCCACGCAGAUACCGUCCCACUGGAGUGAGAGAGCACCCCGCCCGGCAGAGGUCGCCGCCGUCUGGAAUGGGAGUUAACAAAACACUGUUUUUCACAAUCAUCUUGGAUAAGUUUGAAGAUGAAGUUAGAAAAUGCUACACCAAAGCUGAAACUGGAUGACUCUGCUACAAGGAAAUAUGCUGGAGGGGUCAAGAGUGGUUUUCCAGUAUCUGGUUAGUGUUGGCACAAUGUGCCCCAACCCUGCACAGAAUCUACAGGCCACACCCCGGCCAUCAUGACACAUGUGUGUGUGCCUUUAAUGCUCCGAAGGGCCUGGCCUGCUACUUACCAAAGGUGAGAUGUGUGGCUUUGCAAGAACCACCAGGUGCCAGUUAGAAUAUAUCCUAUUUGCUGCAACAUUCUUCUUUGAGGCAAGCCCUUCUAGAUAUAUGAAUGAGAAAAAUCACAUAACCUAGCCUGCGUAAGAUUUCCUAAAAUCAUUUCCUAGCAUGAAUGUGAACCAGACUUUGCUGUAUGCAUCUACCAGUGUUAGCACCAUAUUUAAGCCUGAACUGAGGUAAAGAUAAACACUCAAGAUAGCUUUGGGUAAAAAUUACAGUAGCAAUUUUGAAUGGGGUGCUUACAGCAGUGUUCUUCCUGAUCAUUCAAAUAAGUUGUUUGAAGAACCAUUUGAUCCCAAGUAUAUAUAUCCAAUAUAUAUUGAAAUUGAUAAUACAAAGCUAGGUGUAUAAGCUUUUAACAGAGAAAAUACAGCAAAACAGAAUUCUCAUUUUUGAAAUUCAAACUAUGUCAUUAUUGGGUUGAUGAAGUCAAAGAUUUCGAUAAAAUAUACUGAGCCAACAUGACAAGGCCAGUUUAUCAAAUAGCAAUGUCUAGGAAUUCCAUUUUUCAGAGCAUGGUCAAGUUUAUGGUAGACACUACCUAGUCAAUAUCCGGUGCCUCCAAGAACUACAUUAAUCUAUUUGUAUCUUGCUAGUCGCUCCAUUUAAUAAAAAGGGGAGUAGCUUCUCUCUUCCCCAACUGUUUUAAUCUAUGUAGACAAACCUUUCUGGAACUUUUACUUAUCAUUUAUAUAAAGGAAU